AAAUAAGUCCUAAAAUGUUGAAAUAAAUCAUUUCCGACUGUGACGGCUGGUGAGGCUGGUGAUUCGUUCCUUUUGCAGUGAUGCUGAAAUUGAAACUUUGGCUGAGAGCCGUGCUAGCCUUGAUGCUAGUAUUGGCGAUUUUUGACCCGGCUAAUGCUGCUGACGAUGACGACGAUGAUGAUGGUGACAGCAGUUCGCAGUCAUGGAACAACAAGCAGUGCACCAUUGCCAACGAGCAAAAGCCAUCCUACUUGUUGUACUUGCGGUCCUUUUCCAAGGGCUACGCUGUUGGCUACAAGGAAUUUAACUCAAAAAAUAUAAAAAAGUCCAAGUGGAUCAUCACUCCGGUCAUCUUCGGAGACAAAACCUAUUAUGAGAUCAAAGACGUUUACGGCAAAGGCGUUUGGGGACCAAUUGGCUCAAACGUGUACUCUUCUUCCCAGAGCUUCAGCAGGAGCGAAAAAGUAUCCACACUGUGGACCAUCGACCCACCCAAGCCAAAUGUUGCCGUCACCAUCAAGUUGGAGCGCAAAGGAUAUCUCGAGCUGCCUCAAAGCGGAAGCAACAAAAAUGCCAGAUUGUCGAAAGAGUCCAUGACAAAGUGGAUUAUCAAAUGCAAAUAGACCAAAAUACGUUGAAAUGGCUAAACAAAAAAUUUGUCGAACUUAAAACCACAAGCUUGCGGUAGAAAAUUCUGUAGAUCUCACAAAAUAAUCAGAAAUCCAAUAUUUAAUCUAUUUUUAACUCUUAAACACACUUCGUAUUUCCUGUUGCUUUCAAUAUGAGAGUGGAAAAAAUAUUGUAAUUCAUUCCAAUCAUUUUUAUAUAGCAUUAUUUAAAUGUUUCAAUAAAUCUUUUGCUGGUUGCCCUCAUAAGCAUUUUAAUUUGAUUGAAGUGAAAUAUUUAAAACACGAAUUUAGUAGUAUGAUUAUUAUACGCAUAUCUUUAAGGUGUAAAAACCGCAUAUUAUGCGUGCAGGCCUAGCGCGUUAGAGCUAUACCUCUUUUAAACGUCUUGUAAACGUGCGUGUAAAAGAAGGGCAGCUCUACACCGUGAACGAAUACACCAACCAUGUUGACGGGGAAAGUUUUUCCUUUUUUUAUUUACCCAGCGAACAGAAAAUAUUUUUAAUUUGAUUUCGAUGUUAUUGAACAGUACAUCAUUCUCCCUAAAUAUUUCUAGGGAAACUGUGGUGCAAGGAGAACACACAAUUAUUCAACACGCAAAACAUAAAAUUAUGGUAUCUAACCAUAAUUCC